CAGAUCCCAGUAUACAUGCGCAAAAAGUCCCUCUUAAAGCCUUUUAAAUUUACGUGCAAAAUGGCUGCACAGGUCGAUUUGCUGCGCGUCAAAGUAGAGGAGAAGAGCAGGGAGAGCUUUGACAAAGCUAUCAAAGACAAGAAAAAGAAGAAAAAGCGGGAAUGUUCGCCGUCCGACGACAAGCGAGAGAGAUCGGAGAAGGAAGUGAAGAAAAUAAAGCUCCAUCACCAUCAACACAACCACCAACAUGCCCAACAACGCGUACAUCCACCGCACCAACAUCAGAACAGUCAAGCGCGCAACUUAAGCAGCAAAGAGCCAGCACCUGUGCAACAUCGCCAAAACCACAAUCCCCCCCACCACGGCUCCAAGAAGGAAUUGCCCGCCGGCUGGGCUCCGCGGAAAGUGACGCCAGCAGCGCACGUCCCGCAGAAGACAUCGGUGGCCGCGGUGCUGCCGCCUUCCCCGCUGUUCACUUUCACGCCGCUCAAAGUAGCGAAGGCCAAGGACCCCAAUAACAAACCUAAACGCAUCGAUAAGGACGCGAAACUCAAACCCAAGAAGGAAAACGCCGAAGCGAACGUGAAAGUGGGGGAAUGCAAGAAGAAGAAAGAACCUCAUAGUGAAAAUGGCAAAAGCCAGAUGCUGGAGAAAUACCUCCUUAAGAAAAAGAAGAAGAAGAAGCGUAAUCGUGAAGACGAGCGUGGCAAGAAGUUACGCACGCACAGUAAAGAGGUUCAGACGGUGUGUGUGGGACUUACAGGUGAUCCUCCAACUUCUGAAGACCCUGUUGGGCUUAAGUACCUCAAAGACGAAAAUCAAUGUCACCCUGGCUUAGGUGAGUACCACACUCCCAAAGGUGUCAAGAAGCCCUUCCUCACGCAUCAUGACCACUUCAUCCGCAACUCGUGUCUUCAGACCAACUCCUGUUUUAGUAGACUCAUACAUGAGGAGAAACAGCCCAACGGAGGGGCUUUGGUACUGCACGCUUACGUCGAUGAACUGUCUAAACUGGAUCCUGGGGACACUGAAAGGUUUGCCCAGGAGUUUCUGGGUCUCGCUUUUGCUGAAAAUCCCAAAGGAGCAGCUCGGUAUGCUCUCGCUGUGGUGCACGGAUCAGCUGCCUAUCUGCCUGAUUUCUUGGACUACUUUGCUUUCAAUUUUCCCAACACGCCGGUCAAAAUGGAGAUCCUUGGCAAGAAGGACAUCGAGACCACCACUAUCGCUAACUUCCACUCCCAGGUGAGCCGGACUUACUGCUCUGGCACAUACAGAGCGGGUCCCAUGAGGCAGAUCAGUCUGGUCGGUGCAGUAGACGAGGAGGUGGGCGAUUAUUUCCCAGAGUUCUUGGACAUGCUCGAGGAGUCUCCAUUUCUAAAGAUGACUUUGCCAUGGGGAACUCUAUCCAGUCUAAAGCUUGACUGCAGGUCCCAGAGUGAUGACGGUCCCAUAAUGUGGGUGAGACCUGGAGAGCAAAUGGUUCCUACGGCUGACAUGCCCAAAUCUCCAUUCAAAAGGCGAAGAUCUAUGAAUGAGAUCAAGAACUUGCAUUACUUACCGAGAGCCAACGAACCACGUGAGGUUCUGUUCGAGGAUCGUACGAGAGCCCAUGCUGAUCACGUUGGCCAGGGCUUCGACUGGCAGAGUACAGCAGCUGUGGGUGUCCUGAAAGCCGUGCAUUUUGGGGAAUGGAGUGACCAGCCACGAAUAACCAAAGAUGUGGUCUGUUUUCACGCUGAGGACUUUAAUGAUGUCGUUCAGAGGCUUCAGCUUGAUCUGUAUGAACCACCUGUGUCGCAGUGUGUUCAGUGGGUGGACGAUGCCAAACUCAACCAGUUGCGACGGGAAGGUAUCCGCUACGCUCGCUUGCAGCUCUGCGAUGACGACAUCUACUUCAUCCCCCGUAAUGUCAUACACCAGUUCAAAACUGUCUCGGCCGUGUGCAGCCUCGCGUGGCAUAUUCGCCUAAAGCAGUACCACACCGAGGAGGCGGAGUCUAAAAAGGAUAAGACCACGGACCUGUGCUCUACAUCCUGCCCUUCCCCAUCUUCCUCCCCCGGUCACCCUGACGCCAAAGUCACCUCGUGUGCUCGGCUACAAACGGACUCCGCUCAAGGUGGGGUUGCCAAAAUGGACAAGCUGGUAUUCCAGCGUCCCGCAACGCCGCCCAGAGAGUUGCAGCCCGGACCUCCGCAGUCGGCUAAAUCCGCCCACUCUCCCCGUUCAGAGGUCGGCGCCGGUCCUGUGCUCCGCCCCCUUUCCCCCCCAACACCAGAGCCAAUGCUUCCGCGGGUUCCCGCCGAGCCUGCUCCCGAUUCCUCACUCAGCAUCAGCAACACCCAGUGCCGGUCCAGAUUUCCCUAA